UUCAAUAUUUUAAACACUUCUUCUCCUUCUGUUGCCAAUUUUCAUUAGGUCAUCUGUUUUUUGUUAUGAUCGAGUCUGCACUAUAUUGACCAUGUCUUUGCAGAAUCAGCCAACUGGCCUGUUUAGCAUUAGCUAGACCCUAUUCAUACUUUUUUAGCAAAAUGCCAAUUACCAAUCAUUUCAUCAUUACAUACUGAAGAAGUAGAAGCUAAAAGAGAUUUCAGCUUUUUUAGUCCCUUCCACCUGAAAUGAUUCCAGUUACAAAAUGGGUAAUCUUGAGCGUAUUCUUUCACAUGUUAUUAGUACUGUCAAAUUCAGAGACUUUCGAUGUGAGGCAAGCACUGGUCAAGUUCAUGAACGAGAUUUCUCUUGGAAACAUCUCAAAAGAUGUAAACUUUGGAUGGAAUUUAUCAUCUGAUCCUUGUACAAACAAAUGGGAGGGGAUAACUUGUGAUUCAGGAAUGCAACAUGUGAAACAUAUCAUUCUUGAUCAGAAAAAUCUCACUGGAAUUCUUGAUGCUGCUUCUGUCUGUGAGGCAACUUCCCUUACUGUACUAAGCUUGAAUGAGAACGAAAUUAUUGGAAUUUUACCCCAGGAAAUAUCGAACUGCAGGCGUCUCACACACUUGUAUUUGCAUAGGAACAAAUUCUCAAGCAAUUUACCAAGCUCUCUUUCGCGAUUGAAUAAUUUGAAAAGGCUUGUUGUUUCAGACAAUGCCUUCUCAGGGCAGCUACCUGAUAUGUCAAGAAUCUCAGGGUUGCUAACUUUUUUGGCCGAAAGAAACCAGCUAACAGGGCAAAUACCAAGAUUUGAUUUUUCCAAUCUUGUAGAAUUCAAUGUCUCCUACAAUAAUUUAACUGGUCCAGUUCCUGAUGUCAAGGACCAUUUUGAUUCCAACAGUUUUUUGGGUAAUCCUGGAUUAUGUGGAGUGCCAUUGUCAAACACAUGUCCGCCAUCGCCACCUCCACCUCCUCCUUCAGUUGCUAAGAAGAAAAAAUUAUCAUACCUUAUCUAUCUCGGCUAUGCUAUUCUUGGAUUGAUUAUCAUAUUUCUACUUGCAUUAAAGCUUUUUAAGUGCAUACGGAAGAAAAAGAGCAAGAGUGCUCUAAAAGAUCAGAACAAGAACACUAGCUCUGGUGAGUCAAAGGCUCCUGGAAACAGGUCAGAAUAUUCAAUAACAUCUCCAGAAAACUCAAUGUUCUCAGCAUCUUUUGAAAUCCUUUCUAGUCCUAUGGCUAACAAAUUGGGAUUCGAGGAUUUGCUUCGAGCUCCUGCUGAACUGAUCGGAAAAGGAAAACAUGGAAGUGUUUACAAGGUAAAAGCUGAUGGAGGAGUAACAUUGGUAGUAAAGAGGAUAAGGGGAUGGAAUAUUUCGAAAGAUGAUUUUAAGAAGAGGAUGCAUAGAAUACAUAGAAUGAAGCAUCCUCGUGUGUUGCCCCUUAUUGCUUUCUACAGUUCAAAGCAAGAGAAGCUAAUAGUUUACAAGUACCAACAUAAUGGCAAUCUCUUCAAGCAUCUCCAUUCAUCUCAGGGCAGCCAAACUUUCGACUGGGCAAGCAGACUAGGCAUUGCAGCCACUGUAGCAGAGGCUUUAGCUUUCAUGCAUGAAGGCCUUCAGAAUGAUGAUAUUCCUCAUGGAAACUUGAAAUCCACCAAUAUUUUGCUGAACGAAGACAUGGAAGCCUGUAUCAGCGAGUAUGGUCUAAUGGUCAACAAUCAAGACCAGUCAUUUGUUGCUCAAAGUGAUAACAGCAUCAGAGAAGGUGAUUCGGUUGCAAUUAGUGCACGUAACGCUUUCAAGAUGGAUGUUUAUAGUUUUGGAGUGAUUCUUCUUGAAUUGCUCACAGGUAAGCCUAUUCAGGCUAGUGGAUAUGAUUUGGCUAGGUGGGUAAAUUCAGUGGUUAGAGAGGAAUGGACUGGUGAAGUUUUCGACAUGUCCCUUAUUAGAGAUGGUGCAAAUGAAGAAAGAAUGAUCAAUCUGUUGCAAGUAGCUCUCAAAUGCAUAAAUCCAUCAACAGAUGCAACGCUAAACAUGAAGGAAGUUGCUUUAAUCAUCAAUUCUAUUAAGGAAGAUGAAGAGAAAUCCAUGUCCAUAUUCAGCAGUGAGGUCUAAUUUAUAUGCAGACACAUGCUCCAACCGAAAGGCCUGGAUACAAAAAAUUUCUGUAUUUAUAUUCUUCUUGUUUGGAGAAAUCUCUAUCAUAUGAUUUGGCUACACAGCUUCACAUGGGCUGGUAUAUUUUUAAGACUUAAGAUCAAAGUUUUUUUUUUACGAGAUCUUUCUUAUGUUUAUUCAGGAUAAC